AUGGAGAGGAACAAGGCGACCACGGCCGCCGAAGCUCAUGUCCCGUACUCGAAGCAAUCGGACUCGGGCAGGAGCUGCCCUGGCGAUGAAAAUUCUCUCGGCGGAGUCAUAUACAAAGAUGUCGACAAUGACGGGUACGUUCGACGAUCUGGUUCGAGAACCCACUUUGCCUGGAGAAUUGAGGUAAGGCGCACAUCGGUCUCGAAGACCCGCCGCAAAGACGACGCGUCACUGUCACCGGGAGGCAAGCGCACCGCCGGCAACUCGUUACCGAUUGUCGUAUUAGAGUCGGACUCGGCUUUGGUCGUCGACGUAUCCGAAUCGCGCGGCCACGGCAUCGCACCAAUGUUGAUUGAUGGCUGA